AUGCCUCUCGACGGAAGAGCCUAUGUUUCCAUUGCGGAGCUGGUAAUAUACCUUCCUCUGACGCUUGCGGCAGUUUCGGUGUGUAAACGCCAUGGCUUCGAACGCUCCUCUGGCUGGAUUUACAUCAUAAUGCUUGGCAUUAUCCGUGUCAUUGGCGCCGUGUGCAACCUUGUUACCUACAGCAGUCCUUCUGUCGGUCUUUACACGGCUGUCUUCACGCUUGAUUCUAUUGGUAUAUCGCCAAUGUUGUUUGCCACUUUAGGGCUUAUAUCUAGGUUGUUUCGUUGGACCCAAGCCCUUUCUAAUACUCGUGCCCGUUCCAAACAGUUCCGACUUGCUCAAUUGGUUUUUACCGCUGGCUUUAUCCUCAGCAUUGUUGGCGGCGUCACGACGCAAAACACUACAGAUCCCAGCACGAUAAGCAGAGUCGCUAUUCUUCUCUACCUCCUCGGAUUCAUUGUAUGCGCCGGCUUUGAGGCUACAGCAUGGACGAACCUGAGUCACCACCAAUCUAUACCAGCUGCGGAGCGCAACAUUGUCUUUAUCGUUGCGGCUGCACUACCUCUGAUCCUCAUACGCAUCAUCUUCUCACUGUUGGUCGUCUUUGUACAUGAUUCGACAUUCAGCAUCGUUCGAGGUCCGACAGGUGUCUAUGUCGGCAUGGCUGUGGUAGAAGAAGUGCUCGUCAUGGUCAUGUACACGAUUGCUGGUUGGAGAGUUGGCCCGUUGGAUGAAGCAAUGAGCACAACCGCUUUGCUCGUACAGCACUGA